GCAAAAUUGCAUUGCAAGGCACAUCGAGCAGGAGCACCGGAACAAGAUGGUGGAAAUUGAAAUGAUAAUGAUCGUUUUUGCACGGUUUUUAGCUCCGACCACGACCAUGAUAGCAUUUUUGGUAUAAUAAAAUAACGGUCGUGGAUAUUAAUACAACUUCCGGUAAUUUACUAUGCGCAUGACCCCGACCAGGUACAGCUGCCCUGCUCGCUUAGCGAUUCCUUUCUCUUCUCCGUCUCACCUCAAAAAGAAUGAUAUGUGGCCAUCGUCGUGGUCUCCGGUAAUAUUUCUACACAAGAACACCCUAAGACUAAAAAGAACAUCGACUCUUUCUUGUCACCUUUUCUGUACUAUUUUGAUUUUCGCUUUUUUUACCCUGCUUCAUACACCCCUGGCCUCCUCGCCGUUCUACUUCGAAGUAUUCUCAUUGUGCGUGUUCGCUUCGCCUGCCCCUUCUAGUACCCCUACGACUACCCCGAGUUCUAUUACCGCCACCUCGCCAAAGGGGGAGACCUCAUCAGAGAUCGCAGACGCGAACACGAUGCAUCAGGCGUCUCUUCAGCUCCGGGGUGGUUUGUCCAUGCCCCAAUUUGGCUUCGGAACCUACCGCGUUCCGCCUGGGUACGCCGCCCAGGAGGCCGUCUCUCACGCUUUACACCACGGGUACCGACUGAUCGAUACGGCGGCACUGUACCGCAACGAGGCCGAUGUUGGCAAGGCGGUGCGAAACUUCCUCGUCCAGGAUCCUGCUUCAUCCAGCCAUCCGGGAUCGGGCCUGAGCAGUGCACCUUCUAGCGGUACAACUGGUAGCGGAGGGGGAAAGCCUACCGCAGCGGGCAAAAUGAGCGGUCAGUCGCUGUCUCGGCAGGAUUUUUUUAUCACGACGAAGCUCUGGGACUCCGACCACGGGUAUGAUAAAGCCAGCUUUGCCUUUGAAAAAAGCCUGAAGACGCUAGAUCUGGAGUACAUCGACCUGUAUCUGAUCCAUUCGCCGAAUCGCGGAAAAUUGGUGGAAACCUGGGACGCGCUGCUAGAGAAGAAGAAGCAGCAAAAGGUGCGCAUUCUAGGCGUCAGCAACUGGGGCGUCCAACACUUCGAGCUUCUCAAGCAGCAUUAUGACGCGCCAACGUGCACAUUUAUUCUCCCUUGUUCUCCUUACUUACACUUGCCAUGGGAAAUUGUACUUUUUGUAUGGAUAGUUCCCGGCAUGACAAACUUUGAGAAACGGUACUGCGGUCCGCGUGCAGAAUAAACAGAUUUGUCAUGUGGGGGCCACACGUCUCAUUAUGCCAUUCCCGUUGCUUGUGUUGCUGCCGACCAUGAUGCCCUUAGAAUGAUGAGGGAAACGGUUGUGAGCAAUGAAUUUAUUGAUUGUGCACUCUCAUAAGCACGGCCGCGAACUGCCGGAAGUGAACCAAAUCGAGCUGCACCCGCUGAACUACAAGGCGCGACGGGAAAUCGUGGAGUACUGCGAAAAGCAGGCCAUCGUGAUUACGGCGUACGGUAGUCUCUUGUCGGGUCGAAUCCACGAAAUGCUCGGGCAACGACUAGGUACAACUUAAAUAGUGCUCUGACUUCUAUUCUUUUUUCUUUGUUGUUUCCGAGAGAAAAAUGAAUCUGUAUCUGAAACUAAAUGCUGUCUGCGGAGGGGUUCUUGGGGUUGGCGUCUGCCUAAGUAGAACGGUGACGAGAAUCAUGAUCCGAAAAAAUACAAACUUCGCGACGUCUCUAUUUUCCUAUCAUGAAGAGGAAAAGCGGGUGUUUUAUUGUAUAACUGGGUAGAAGUUGAUGAUGACGAAUCUCUUCUCAACUACAGGUCUGAAGCGCGGCGGAGCGAUCAGUCACAGCAGCGGCUGGUUUAGGCCAAUAGUACCCCCUGGUGAAGUUGUACCGGCUUCAUCGAAAAAACCCCGGGGUUCCAUCACCACCGGGCAGAUGCUGCUUCGCUGGGGCUUGCAGAAGAAUCUCGCCCUGAUUCCCAAAUCGGUGCACGAGGAGCGAGUCGCCGAGAAUGCGGAUAUCUGGGAUUUUGAACUCACGAGCGAAGCGGUGGAGAUGCUGGACGCGCUGGAAGGGGAACUGAACGAAUACUGGGACCCACUGGACGUGCGAGCCGAAGCGGGCGACAUAAACAGAGGCGGUGCAACACGAGGCGGCGACUCGAGCUCCAAGAGCGAUUUGUGAACUAACUUCAACAUCCGAUGGCGAUUGAGAUAAUUGAAAGACCGAGGGCAAGGAAACAAAAACGAAUACAUAGAUACACAAUACGAGACUGAUGGCAACCAAUGCCUGAAAGACAACAAGAGCGAUAAAAUCGAUAUCGAAUACGAACAAUUUCGACCUGAUGCAACAUACUUCUUUGACGAUUGAAGAUGUUAUCAUUAUAGCAAGAUGAUUCCCC